AUGGGUAAAACUGGGAAGGCUUACAUAAUACGGGAGUUAUCUGUCAAUGUACACAACAGUGAUGAGCCUUUUGUACAGUUAGGCCAGCUACCUUUGGGUAAAUCAUUCUCCACCGGAUAUAUUGCAGGUGGAAUUUGUGACUACCGUUCUUUCACUUGCCAGACGAGUUAA